CUGGUGAUGGCUUGACGAUGAAAGCGCCGUCGUCGUCGUCAUCAUCAUCGUCUGCUGUGUGUUGAGCAUUCACUGUUCCAUGCUGAAGAGUUUAGUUUGCUUGAGAUUUCAAGUCAAUUAACAGUGAGUGGAACUUUCAGCGCGUUACCGGUUCAGUGGCUAUCAAAAAAAAAUAACGCAUUGACCAAAUAGAACCCUUGCGGGAAUUUUUCAGGCUGUUUGAAAAUAAAGAGAGGGGGAUGGGCGCAAGGUAACACGCUUUAUUAUUAACGUGUGGUUAUGUUAACAAUGAACAUGGCCCAUUAAUUCGAAAUCCGCUAAUUGCUGCCACAACAAAGUCGAAAAAAAACCGGGUAUGGCAACUUGAAUAGCUACACUCUGUGCACGGGCGCGUACACUUCGCAUGUAUAUAGUUGGUUGUCAGAGUCGGUCACACUAGCGGGGCAAACAAACGUUAGAUAAUCGCCGUCUAGCCAAAUGUUUCAAAGUUGUUAAACUUACAUGAAUGUGCGUGAAUUUUGGGCUUAACCGAGAGUCGAGCUGAGCUGAGCGUGAGUGCCGUAUUGCGUGCCGGCCAAAAGUGUUGCGUCUGAAAGCCAUAGCUGUAAUUUUUUGAGUGUGUAUGUGUGUGUGUUUGAGUGUCUGUAAGCAUUUAAAAACAAUUUGUUCAAAUUACAGUGCAUUGCGGGUUUUAUUCGAAAACGAAACGUCAAGCCGCUGCUGCCAUUGCAUCCCGAAAAUGCAACCGCCAACCACAAACAAUGCAACAACGCUCGACCAUUCAAUGGUAACGGCGUUAACAGCUUGUUGUUGUUAUUGUUUUUGUUGUUUCAACGCCAAAGCGUAACGGUUAUGCUCCAUUAGUCUCAAUCGAUUUUGGCUUGUUGGCUUUCGAUAAUGCCUUGCAUUUAACUGUCAACCGUUACGAAUUGAGUUCAAUUAAAGCGGCAAGCGACAAACGCCCGCUGCCUUUGUUGUGACGUGUAUUGUGCGGCCAAGACCCCCUAAACACAAAUUAACAUAACAAUAUUUAUUUAGAAAACAAAAGCAAAAAAUGUGCCAAAACCCAAGCAUUUAAACUCCGACAAAUUUUUUGUGAAGAGAAUCUGUGUUUCAAAUCGAAGUCGGAAAAAAAUAAUAUCUAAGAAAAACAACAACAACUACAACAUUUCAAUACAAUUUCGCCAAUGGUCACGUGUAGCCGACGUCAAACAUUGACAAUGCUGCCCCUGGUGCCGAUUAAUCCAUUUAACGUUGCCAGUAAACCUAGCCCGGCGGCUUCAGUGGCAACAACAACAAUUGUAAGUAACCAAAAAACGGUGGCAAGCACAGCUACAAUGCAGAGCAAACCCAAGCUGGCAUUUAGCAUAGACGCUUUGGUGGGUGGCGAACGAAAGAACGACACAACUCCACCCUCACCAGUUCAAAGGCUAAGGAUUAUUGGUCCGCCACGACUUAAUAACAAUUCACCGCCAAAUCACCAUGAAUCCCAGGAACCUUUGGAACUGAGAAGUAGUCGUCUAAAACCCUCAUCAUCCACAUCACCACCACCUCCGCCGCUCCACUUGAAUCGUACAACAUCUGUGAUAAAUCGUCCAAUCGCCCAGGACAGUGAUCCUCCAGAAAGUGGCAAUUCACCCAUACGUGAGUGCUCAUCACGGGAUCAAACCCAAUCUCCCAUACCUGCUACAGAUCAUCCGCACAGUAGUCGCUCCACAACGCCUCUACACUCCCCCCGCGAGGCCACCUCACCCACGGAACAAAGGCUAUUCAAAACUUUACCCACUCUACCACCGGGCCUCGUGCGACCAUUUCCCCUACCGGCACCGGGUAGUUUACCUCUAAUAAGGCCACCCGAUGGACAACCAUCUAAUUUACCCCCGCUACUGGGUCACACAUCCAGUAAUCCGUUAAUGCCACCCUCACCCACAGCUCCAGCACCCACAUCUAAUCCUCAUCUUUUGGCUGCCCAAUUUCAAAUGGCCGCCGUUCUGGCCCAUCAUCAACAGCAGCAGCAACAACAACAACAUCAUCAGGCAGGACCUCAUGGCGGACCGCCAGGCGGACCCCCACCACCAGGUCCACCAGCUCCACCGCCGCCAACCCAUCACCUGCCUCCUCACCUAAUGCACGGCCAUCAUUUGGGAUUAUUUCCACCGGGACCACAUCAUCCGCCAUUUGGUAAUCCACAUCUCAUACGGGACACAUAUCCCUUGUAUCCGUGGCUGCUGUCGCGUCACGGGCGUAUCUUUUCGCAUCGAUUUCCAGGUUUCCUGCUACAGCCAUUCCGUAAGCCAAAACGUGUGCGUACCGCAUUUUCACCCACACAACUGCUAAAGCUGGAACACGCUUUCGAAGAGAAUCACUAUGUGGUGGGAGCCGAACGAAAGCAAUUGGCUCAAAAUUUAAGUCUGACUGAAACUCAGGUGAAAGUUUGGUUCCAAAAUCGCCGCACCAAACACAAACGCAUGCAACAGGAGGGCGACAGCGAUACCAAAAGUCAAAAAGGCAGCCAAUCUGGUGAUAAUGAUGGCAGCAAAAAUGACGGCUCCCAGACAAGUUUCGAAGAUCAAGAUGAUCUUGAUAUGGCCGAAGGUGAUGACAUUGACGAAGACGAGGAUGAAGUUAUCGACAUGGACGAUUAUGAUGAUGCCGAACAUGAGCUAAUGGAUGCGGAGGAGAGGAAACGCAUGAUGAAUGAACAUUUUCAGGAAAUGCAACAGCGUCACUUUGCUGCUGCCCAUCACGGCCAUCAAAUGUUCCAGCAGCAUCAGCAGCAACAGCAGCAGAGUCAACAGCAUCAGCAAUUUCUGCAUCAACAUUUUUUGCAACAACAUCAACAGCAGCAACAGCAAUUAUAUGCUCAAAGUGAGCACCAAAGACAACAGGCAUUGCAACAACAGCAGCCACAUAAUCCACAAGGUUCUUCUCCGGCACCUCAAACACAACCAGUGCCACAACAGCAUUCUCCACCCAAACAUUAGCCGUGUUUUGUUUAAAAUGAUAAGAAGGGGAGAAACACUACAGCAUAAUGAAUAGAAUUAUUUAGCCAAUCCGUAUAUUUAUUAAAAUUUUGAAAUUAAAGUUUGUUUUCGAAAGAUUUCGAAGAUUUGAGAAACGAAAAGAAAUAAGGAGCGAUUUAGGGGUAAAAUGGAUACCUGUCGACCCUUUUAUCCUCCAACAUUUUAUAUCCUCCAAUUUAUAUAGACCUUCUAAAGGUAUCCGUUUAUGUCAAACAAAAUUUAACAUUUGUUCAUAACAGACAUGGAAGUUUCCAAAACACUUAACUUUUUUCUGUUUAUACCGUGCUUUUUGUGUUAGGCUAAGAAGUUUCCGAACUGCCCUCGUACCACUUCCUAUGACAGAAAAUUACCUGUACAAGUCGCCAUAUUCGGUUUUUCGCUUCUCUAAACGGAUUUAAUUCAAAUCCGUUUUCUCUGCAGUUAUGCGUCUAUCUGUAAUAUCUGACAGAGAUGUACAAUCCUGCAUUCGGUGUUCAAUAAUUUUAGCGGUCUUUCUUUUCAAUGGAAUUUAUACAAAUUAGUCUAAUUUCUUCCAAAUGAUGAAGGGUAUUAAAAGGUCGGCCCUGCCGAAUCUUUUAUUUGAUUCCUCUCAUCUCUAACAAAUCGGGAAUUUUGACUUUGGAUGGAAAUUCGCCUCAACGAGUUAUAUUGGUCCACAUAUUGAUCAAUGAUUGCAUAACAAUGAGUACAUACUAUGCUGUAAUUUGGAAAUUCUCACAUAGGCUGAAAUUCGUCCCUACGAAUUAUUAGAUUCCCAUAUUGACUUUGAGGUCAAUUUUCACGUGUUUUGACCCAGCCACUUUUUGUAGCCAAAAGUGCUAAAAUUUUAUAUUCUGAAAUCUUAAGGGCUAUGUGAAGAAUUUGUUCAAAAUUGGAUAAUAUAUUUUGAGGAUACACUAAAAAGAGGAUCUAUAUAAGACUGCAUACUGUGUCACUCCGGCUCGGAAGCCGCAAAAUUGGAAAUAAUGGUCGAAUUUAAUUUAAAAUGUUGGUUUCUCAUUGAAAAAAUCGCCCCAUAUUGCUGCUCUAGACGAAAUAUCGGUUCACGUUAUGGCUUAUGACCUCCUAUAAAGUUAGUGGAUAAUUUCGAUGUUUGAUUUGAUUUUUCGUAAACUUAAUAGGGAUUUAACAGGACAGACCUCCGCUAAGGGACGUACCCAGAGUAGAUGCCCUCGGCACGAGACACAUUUUACACAAUUUUUUUUAAUACGGUUUAGAAAAUAAUAUGAUCUACCGACGUCUAUUUGGAUAUCCCCCUCCCCGCAGUCUACUAAUAUUUCGCAACUUGCAACAGAUUCGACUGCAAUAUUGAAUUUCGGUUUCUCGUGGAUUAAAAUUCGUUCCUUGUCAAUAUCGGUCCAAGUUUUGUAUUUCCUCAAAAAUUAAGGUCAUUCCAGUGCCCUUAGAAAAUUAAUUUUAUGGUCCGAUCCUCACGAAAUUGAAAAUGGAGGUGGGGUUAGAGUCAGAAUAGAAGCCUAUUGUUUUUGGUGAUGAUCGCAAAAUAUUUAGGGGUUUGAAAUGGACCAAAAACAAAGAAAAUCUUUAUUUUGUUGUUGCUCUACAGGCCAUAAUUAUAGACCAAUCUAUGCGGCAUUUACCGUUGAGUUAGAGUUUAGGGCUGGAAGAAGCCUAAUAUUUUGUUUGGCCAUCGGAUAAUAUUUAGCGGGUAAAAAAUACGCAAAAUUUUCACCAAACCGCGAGUAUUUUUAAUUCCGGCAAAAUCACAAAUACAUUAAAAGGUUACUUCUGACUGUUGCAGUGCUGCUGAUAGCUAAGAUAUCGUAUACAGCUACAAGCUAAAGAAGAAUUCGAUGUAAGUUAUUCCGCUUAUAGGUCAAGAACCGCUGGACUGAUUUUCAUCGUUCUCAUCAAUUCGGAAUGGUAUCUUGCCAGAAAAGGAUAAAUUCUAUGAAAAUCUCGUAAAAAUAUGAAAGUGAUUUUUUUUUCAAUUUUUAUCGUAUUUUUUAUAGCAUGCGAUUUGUUUUAUUUGGGUCAGAAUUAAAGCCUGUUGUUAUGGAGAUGUACAUUUAGGGGUUCAAAUGGACAAAAAAAUAAAAAUUCCUGAUUUCGCAGUCGUUCUACAGUUCACAAUUUAAAUCCACACGAGUGCGUAAAUGACAUUAUGCUAGGGCUCUAUGACAUUAUUUCAAAAACCUAAGGGGGCUUUCAACAUACAAGUAUUGUAGUGUUGUAGGGUAUCAAAUGCCGCACGGCUAUAGCCUUUGUUUACUUGUUUUAUUUUGGAUUUUUAAACCCAAUCAUUUUGGCUUCUUUAUGGAGGACAUUAUGUUUAUUAGAUUUGUUUUAGGAUUUUCUCAUAUUGAUGGAUAUAAAAUGUUGAAUUUAACAAUUUUUGGAUCACAAAAUUGGUUUUCGAAAAAAAAAGAUCACUUUCCACAAAUUCUGUAAAUAUUGUAUGAAAACUUGUAUUUAUGUAUGUAUUAUUUGUAUGUUCCUUUAGCUAUUCAA